CUUGAACACUUAAUUUUUCCCUAGCCUUUCAUAGCACCUAUGAGCGCUUUUCAGCGCCUCCGGCUGCUGACCCGCCAACUGGCACCCGUGCACGCACGUGGCGUGGCGUUUGGCGAGCAGUUUGUGGAGGUGAAUGGACGUAAGCUGCGUCUUGACCACUCCGGAGGGAGAAGCAGACCAAGCUGCGCCAAAUGGCUCUCAAAAGGCUCCUCCAAGCCUAAGCAACAAGGAUACGACAUAUAGGUUAGAUAGGGCGUUCUUGACAAACGGUCAUAUCAUGCUGGGGUCGGGUUCCAUAUGGCUCCAUAUGGCUCCAUGAGUAAGGCCUCAUUUGUUUGUUUGCGUGUGUGUGCGUGCGCGCAAGUGGAACAUAUUCUUUGCGAAUGGGCCAAUGAAAGUUACCUGUUACCUGUUCAGGCUUCAUGAAAUGUUCAAGAAUCUCGAAGGUUUUUCUUCAUCCACUUUAACCUCUUGUGCACGUGGAAUCUUUGUUGAAAAAGCCUUAAGCUUGUGAAGCUGGUUCAGGCCUAAAAAGAGUGGAGUGUCACUCUUUGACAGGGCUUGCAAGUUGCAUGUUGCAGGUCGUUUUUUGACGCUUUCGUCAUCUUUCAUAUGUCUUGCUCCAAGAGGUUGAAAUGAAGUGGUGUUGGCAGUUACUAAGUAACAAAUAGGAGUCACUUUACUUGUACAUUGACAUACACAAGAAGCCACACGUGUAAACAAAUAAGCUAGAUAUUACUGUACUGCUAGAUAUUUGGCCACACUUGACCUAUGAAUGUCAGUUGAUUCGGGCGAUGCUCGCUCUAACCUUGGAAGCGAGGUAUGUCGUCACCCGAGGAGAUGUGGCCAAAGGCUGUCCAGUGAUCUGUUUGCCGGGCGCCAUGGGCACCGCGCUCACGGACUUCUCGGCGCAGCUGGACGGCUGGGCACCACAUCUGGGCGUCGUGGCCUUCGACCCGCGAGGAUAUGGGAAGUCGAGGCCCCCUGGGCGGCGCUACCCAGCGGAUUUCUAUCAUUUAGAUGCUCAAGAUGCGGGUGCCAUCAUGGACUCCUUAGGCAUCCCUUCCUACAAUGUGGUGGGCUGGAGCGACGGCGCGAUCUCCGCCACCAUCCUGGCGGCUACAAGGCCAGAGGCUGUAAAGAAGUUGGCCGUCUUUGGGAUACAAGGCUACAUCACCAAGGAGGAUAUUGAAUCCUAUGAGGGCCUGCGCGACGUCGAGAAGGCUUGGAGUAAACGCAUGCUGGACACCCAUCGGCCCGUCUAUGGCGACGACUUGCAACCCAUGUGGAACUCCUUUUGCGAUGCGAUGAAGAUGAUGUACGAAGCUGGAGGUGACAUGUGUCAAAAGGAAGCCAAGAUGGUGAAGUGCCCCACCUUCAUUCUGCAUGGGGCGAAAGAUCCUUUGGUGCCGGAGCAUCAUCCCAAGUGGUUCCAUGAGACCAUCCCAAACUCCAAGCUGCACAUCUUCCCGGAGGGCAAGCACAACAUCCACCAGAAGUUCGCCGAUGACUUCAACCGCUUGGUCUUGGAUUUCUUCAGCGAAUGAGCCCGCCAGCGAAUGUCCAGACGCAGUUUUCAAUUGAUGGAAAA